GGCCUUAAAUGCCCCUCGUCACCAACAUACUAUUUAUUUUCCCACUCUAAAAACCAUAAACUACAUUAAUAACAUACAACCCACUACCACAUUCUUCUCAACAACAACAUUUCGCGACAACGAUCGCUGACAUAAAUCAACCAAAUUAUUAUCGAUUUUAAUCUAAUCGCUACAAAAAGAAAAAUCUAGUCUACCGUCAACAUGCCUAAGAAUAAGGGAAAAGGUGGUAAGAAUCGUCGUCGUGGAAAGAACGAGAACGACAAUGAGAAGCGCGAGUUGACCUUCAAGGAAGAAGGACAAGAAUAUGCCCAAGUAGUCAAAAUGCUCGGAAACGGUCGUUUAGAAGCACAGUGCUUCGACGGCGCCAAGCGACUGGCCCAUAUUCGCGGCAAGCUGCGAAAGAAGGUCUGGAUCAACAACGGCGAUAUCAUCCUACUCAGUCUUCGUGACUAUCAAGACGAGAAGGGCGACGUCAUCCUCAAGUACUCGGCCGACGAGGCCCGGUCCCUCAAGGCCUAUGGCGAGUUGCCCGAGAGCGCCAAGAUCAAUGAGACCGAUACCUACGGCCCCAACGACGAGGGCGAGUGUGGCUUCGAGUUCGACGAGGACCGCGACUCCGAGUCCGAAACCGAAGGUGCCAACGCCGGUGGCAAGGAUGUCGAUAUCGACGAUAUUUAAAUUACUCUUCUAUGGAACUGCCACCCACCUAGGUCUCCUGGUCAUAUCACAUUCACAAAUGCCUAUAAUUUUACUAGGUGUAUACUGUGGUGAUAGACUUUUAGACCAGGGGGAAAUGUCUGUCUUCUCUCUCAAACUCAGAUCUCCUCGUCUUUACGAAUUCAUCACCCCAUGAUCUGGGUUCCGCGACAGUCGGGCGAAGCAGUUCUAGCAAGGCAAAACGACAGGGUAUAUAUGGUGGGAGAGACGUCAUUAGCCCCUUGUCGUUUGGCAAUUCUACUCGAUAGUUAACGAUGACCUUUCUUCCGUCACCGUUAUUUCCUCCCUCCCCCUUUUUACCAAUUCUCGGAUUCUCGUGACCUUGCUUUUUCUUUGGCAUGACCUAAGGAAGUCAAAAUGGAAUAAAGAAGAAAGAUGGAAGUGGUGGUUUUGGAGAAAAAAAAA